UACAUGAGAAUAUGACGUCAGAACGACGAGGUGGUAAAAAUAUGGCGGCGCUCAUGAUGAGGGUUGGCCCUGGUUCUUUCGGGUCUGUUCGGGUUCAUCGUCCUGCUCUGCGUUCCGCGGCUGUCACCGUACUUAGAGCCAUUAGUGUGUCUGCGACCCAGCCGCUUCCAGAGAGAGUGAAGAUUGUGGAGGUUGGACCUCGUGAUGGACUGCAGAAUGAGAAGAUCAUCGUUCCUACUGAAGUAAAGAUCUGUCUGAUUGACAUGCUCUCUGAGGCGGGACUUCCUGUCAUUGAGGCUACAAGCUUUGUUUCGCCAAAGUGGGUUCCUCAGAUGGCUGAUCAGGAGGAAGUGAUGCGUGGGCUCCGCAAGAAACCUGGUGUGAAUUACCCCGUUCUGACUCCUAAUUUGAAGGGCUUCCAGGCUGCUAUGGAGGCUGGUGCAAAAGAGGUGGCAAUAUUUGGUGCUGCAUCAGAGCUCUUCAGUAAGAAGAACAUAAACUGUUCAGUGGAGGAGAGUCUUGCUCGAUUUGAGGAGGUGAUGAAAGCUGCCAAACAAGAGGGAGUUCCGGUGAGAGGCUAUGUGUCAUGUGUGCUAGGUUGUCCAUAUGAAGGGAAGGUAUCCCCCAACAAAGUAGCAGAGGUUGCUAAGCGGCUGUACUCUAUGGGUUGCUAUGAGAUUUCACUUGGAGAUACUAUUGGAGUGGGCACUCCGGGUGGUAUGACAGAGCUGUUGAAUGCCGUGAAGAAAGAGGUUCCAGUGGAGGCUUUAGCUGUUCAUUGCCAUGACACUUACGGACAAGCACUCGCAAACAUACUUGUAGCAUUACAGAAUGGGAUAAGUGUUGUGGACUCUUCUGUUGCGGGGCUGGGUGGCUGCCCUUAUGCCCAGGGGGCUUCUGGGAAUGUUGCAACCGAGGAUGUGGUCUAUAUGCUGCAUGGACUGGGAAUCCAUACUGGAGUGGAGCUACCCAAACUGUUGGACGCUGGCUCUUACAUCUGUCACUCACUCAACAGAAGGACAAAUUCAAAAGUAGCUCAGGCCUCCUGCAAACUCUGAAAAGACUAGAUUUGUCUCUGAUCUUGCCUGGUUAUUUUACCUCGUAUGAUGGCAGUCACACUAAGCUGCCUGUUAGUAUGAAGUGUAAUCAUUUGAUUUACAGCAUGUCUAAAAUGAAUGUCCAUCAACUCAAUUGAGCUAGACAUUAGGACCUACCUUGGUCCCCUUGUGGAGCCGGUCCUGGGCUACAUUUGAUAUCUAUCAUGUGUAUGUAUGUUUCUUAUAAAUUAAUUAAAGAUUUAAAUGUACUGCUGAAACAAGAUGAUUCUAUAAUGGACUAAGGCAGUGGGGGGGGGGGACGUUUGUACUUAAAAACGUUUUGUAAUUUGGCUCGCUUGAAUAUGUAAAAAUAUUUUCUUAAAUGUACAACUUAAUUCACCACAUAAUUGCAUUUUGUUUUGCAAUUGUUUUGUGCAGAACGAUAUAGGUUUUUUCUUUUCACAAUCACUGCUUCGUUCAUCAGAUGUUAAUAUUUCGUUUUCAAAAUUUGCUCUGUGGGUCAAGAUUAAAGCUUCCAGGAUCAGUGAAGACAUCGGAGACCCUGUGUGUGGUCCUGCUAAUGACAACAAGCAUUAAUGGUGCAGUAUGUAAUAUAUUUACUGUACUAAAUCAUAAAAUUAUCAUAAUAUGUUAUCAGAGAUUUAGGUAACAUGCUAAGUUGAAAUAUUGGCUUCUCCGAAAACAAUGCUACAGCAGUAUAUUCUACUUUAACAUGUCUGUUCCGGAAUUUCUGUUUGUGUUUUGGCCUGUUUGAUCCUGCCCACUGCCCAUUUCCCAAUAGUAUUUCGACACCCUAGGUUGCCAGAUUUUAAACAAGUUAGCGGGCAAACACAGUGCGCUGCAGCCAUGGAAGCCAGCAUCUAGCUAACACUGACAGAGCUAUAAAAAAAUCCACAUGAGCUGGUUUAUAAUUUGCAAACAAUAAAAACAUUGCAAACGUAUACAUUAGCUGAUCAACUUACAGUGUAAGGUUCGUCGCUUGACAUUGUCAGUUUGCUCGUUCCUGUUGCGUGUCCUCAACCUGGCAAUCCGCAUGAACUUUGAGUCUGGGGACUAGGGGGCGGGAGAGACAACUCCCUCCAAUAUUUUGAAUUUGGACUGCAGUACCCAUUUUAAAUGCUUGAUGUCAAAGUUACAUAUUGCUCCUUUAAUUGAAUAUAACGAGGUUCACCGUGUUAUUGCGGAGCGCUAAAUAAGGAGACGGGUGGAAGCUGCACUUUAGGAACAUUCACCAAUCAAAGGGAGAUCUGCUCUUUACUCCCAAAAGUGAUAAUGGUAACAGCAAUGCUACACAAUAUGUGUAGUACUACACAACACUAGGUGCAGGUGAGAGUGCCUUUAGGUGUCAGAGAGGAGAUGAGGAUGAGGAGCCAUUAUACUGUAUGGACGAUUUUCAUGCACGGCAGCAAGUUAUUGACUUUUUUCCUUCUCACUCUGAUUGUAAUUUUUACAGUUCUCCGCAACAAUUAUGCCACCACGUUGUUGUUAACAACUAAUCCAAAAAUAACUUCAUUUGUUUACUUAUUCAUUUAUCUGUUCAUCCAAUAUUGACUAACCAUUUUCUGUAUUUAUUAUUGUUAUUAUUAUUAGCCUUGUCAGUUAAAAAUAAUAAUAAAAUAAAACGUAUGUAUAAUGAUAUUUUAAAUGAUCAAAAAGUGUAGCUAUAAGUAUUUAAAUUGUAUUAGGUGUAAUUUCGCGAUUGUCCUGCAAGUGUCUGAAUAAGUCUACGUAUUUACGAUGUUCUUGGCACUUUACGAUUACUCUAGAGCACUCACAUUUUCAAGUAGCUACUACUUAGGCUUACGAUGCUUUUGGGAAAUGCAGCCUUGGAUGAUAGCGCUCCCUCUCACCCGCCCACACGCGUGACCAAACACAGCGAGAGAUGAGAUAUGAUAAACUAUCUAUGAUAGACGCAGACUUUCUUAUAAUUAAUAGGUGGGCUUAAAAGAAAAAAGGUUGGGAACCACUGGACUAGGAGCAAAAAAGCAUUGUAGAAUAUUAUGAAUUAUAUUUAGAUGCAAAUCUUUCUGGUUAGAUGGUUAAAUCAUGACUUAAUUGAUACGUUUAGCUUGUCUUACAGAAUGACAAAUCACACAGUCAUGUUGAUUUCUCCAGAUCUGCGUCCCUGCAUUCCGAUGGGUCAUUUGAUAAGUCAUUUAGAAACGGAAAUGUCUGUCAUUACCAGUUUAAUACAGUAUAGCACUGGCACUAACAAAAGGCAUGCAUCUAGGUGGGACUGUUUGUUGUAAUGACUGGGUACUGUAUAAAGUAGGAUUAAUGGAGAAUUUUUUGUUGUUCUCCAGGAAUAACAUUUAUGAUUUGAGCUCUGUUAACUUUCCUGCUUGCCAGAGUAGAUAAAUCCCUUUACAAAACAAUGACAUCAGAUUGAAAUCAAGCACAACAAAAGCUACGAUUUUUUUUAAAUUAUUAUUAUUAUGUUAUAAUGUUGUAAAUCAACUAAAUGUCUAUAGACUUCCAUUAAUUGUUGUGUUUCUUUGGGUGUUGUGUUAACUGACAUUAUUUUGUGUAUUUUUCUGUCCUCUUCUCAAAGAGAGAAAACUAACUUUGUUCUCCAGCCUGUACAACAUUUUUCAGGUGAUGGUUAUUUCAACAAUUAAAAACACCAGAUAUCGUAAUAAAUGUAAGUGCCAUGUACAUUUGCAUCACUA